UCUUCCAAUACCUUGGGCCAUUGACAAAGGAUUGUUCGCAGCUCUUUCUCUCUGUAUCUCCUUCCUAUUUCUCCGCCUGUGAGUGUGAACCCUAGCGCGCCACCGUUAGUCCCUCUCUCUACUUUCCUUCCCGUGUUUUCGUCGCCGGCGCCGUCCCUGUAGAAACAGUGUUUACUCGAAACCCACCAAGUAGAGGUUUUUCAAUGCUGUGACAGAAAGAAAGGGAAGCUUUUUUGAUGGAGGAUACCGAGAUGCAAUUAGGAGACGUGCCGCCUUGUGUUGCUACUGAUGAUGAUGCCCUUAAGGAAGAACCUUCGGAGCCAGAAAAUAACCUAAACACUAGUGAAACCCCCCAGCCCAUUCUUCCCGUGGAUAAGGGAGAUGAAAAUGGUCAUGCGGAUGUUGGAGUUUCUCUUCACUCUGAGAACAAGACUGAUGCUAAGGUGCAGGUUUCGAGUCCCGGGGCUGGAGAUGGAAAUGGCAAAAAGCGCAAAAAUUGGUUGCUGAGUGAUUCUGAGGCAGGGGAAGUUGAUGAAGCAGGGACGCUAGAAGAACAGCAGGCGUUUCUAAAAGAGUUGGCGACAUUUCACAGAGAGAACUACCUGGAUUACAAACCUCUUAAGUUUUAUGGCCAGCCUUUAAACACUCUCAAGCUAUGGCGAGCAGUCGUUAAACUAGGUGGCCAUGACGUGGUCACCACGUCUAAGCUAUGGCGGCAAGUUGGAGAGUCCUUCAAUCCUCCAAAGACGUGCACAACAAUCUCCUACACAUUCCGCAAUUUCUAUGAGAAGGCACUUUUGGAGUACGAAAAGAGUUUAAGGAAAAAUGGUGAGCUUAACUUUCCUAAUUCAACACACAGUCUGUCUUCAGGCCUCGAGAAAGAGGUUAUUAGUCAUCAAGGUUCAGGAUCAGGAAGGGCUCGGAGAGAUUCUGCAGCUCGUGCUAUGCAAGGCUGGCAUACACAGCGCCUUGUCGGAUCUGGAGAGGAUAAGGGCUUAAGCUCAACCCCAAAGCAUAAGAAACUCAAAAGCAUUGGUUUCCAUAAACCCAAAACACAAACUUGCAUGGACCAUGUUAUGUCCCAAGAAGCAGAAAAACAGUCGAUUGCUGAUGUUGUUGAUGAUGGACCCCUUGCUGACUGGGUGAAGAUAACUGUCAAAGAAACUAAGGAGUCCUUUGAGAUAUAUGCUUUGGUACCUGGACUUCUUCGCAAAGAGAUUCGAAUUCAAUCAGAUCCGGCUGGACGACUGAUUAUAACAGGAGAGCCUGAGCAGCUUGACAAUCCUUGGGGCAUUACACCAUUCAAAAAGAUUGUUGGCUUAUCAGCAAGAAUCGAUCCGCUUCACACAUCUGCGGUCAUGAGCAUGCACGGUCGGUUGUUCAUACGAGUUCCCUUUGCGCAGUGACUGAUCUCAACAGUGAACUCUGUUGUCUGUUUUUAGUUUCUUAAAGGAAUGCAAUCGUACCAGAACAAAACUGCUAAGGCUGCUGAAGCGUUACUGUAGUUCUAGUCUGAAGACCGAAGUGAAGAGCAGACAAUCAGACAUUGUAUCUUGCUGCAAGGUUUUUAUGUAGAAGUUGAGACUAGUUGGAGAAGCUGCUCCAGAUCUUAUAGUUUAAAGCCUUUAUAGGAUGCAACCAACAAUGAUAUGUGUUUGUUCAAACUCUGGAAUGUUAAGCUUUUCUUGUUUAUGUUUUUUAUAGAUAUGAAUAGAUUUACAUUUUUACCUAUCCCAUCUACUAUGUAUAGGUUUUGUAAUGAUUUUCGACUUUCUCAUGCC